CUCUGAUGGAGACCAUCACCAUGAUAGACGCACAGCUGGUCUUGCUUGCAUAAGUCGUAGUUCGUAUUAGAUUAGUAUUUUCUGAGAUGGUGUUUGAAAGGGUAACAUUUACCAAUACGUUUGUGUGAUUCAUCUAUAACUUUGUGAACAACGCGGAAAAAAAAAGAAUUGUGGCUCUUGAGAAGUCGCGCGAUUUGGUGACGAGGAACUUAUGCGUCCGAGGGGAAAGUCAGGAACCAACUUCGCCAAACAAGCAGGUUUCGAUCCUUGUGCUGGCAAUGGGGGACAUGAAGACCCCAGACUUUGAUGAUCUGCUGGCAGCUUUUGACAUUCCUGACAUUGAUGCUAAAGAGGCCAUUCAGUCAAGUCCAGAGGAGGAACGGGAUGAGGUGGGGACCAAUGCAGAGCAGAGAGAGAGUGAGUCUCCUUCAUGCUUUCCCUGCCCUCCUGCCUCACAUGAUGACCCUCCUGUGGUCAGUGUUAUUGUGAAGAACACAGUGCGGUCUGAGUCUUUUGAAGAGGAUGAGAAGUCUGUAAUGGAUAAAACAGACAAUCCCUCAAUUAGUGGCUUAAAUGUUCAGGUCAGGGUGGGUGACUUCACCCCACAGCUUGGUCUUAAAUUGCCUGCUGAUGCCCCUGUUGAGCUCCAGAUUUCUAAUGGCUUUGAGGGAUCUGUCCCCAGGGAUCAGGGACAGUCCAACACAAAGACAUGGCACCCUUGUUCCCCAUUGAGGUCCACACUGAAGGCUAUUGAGGGUGAAAGUGAUAAAGAAGCUGAGGUGGGAUCGGUCCAGCACACAACUAAUGUCAUGAACAGGUUGAAGCCCCCCCUCUUCCUCCAAUCUUUGACUAGUGCUGGUCACAACUCCUUAACUCCUCCCUCCCUACAUUUAGUCAGCCCUCACCUUUCUCACUCCCCCCAGAAGAAGGAAACUUGUCUCCUUAGUGAUCCAUCACUCUCCCCUUUACCAAAAAAUGGGAGUAUUCAGGCUGGAAUUAAGCAUGUUAUGCAGUCAGAUGAAGAUGACUCAGAGCCAGACUUAGGAAGUCCACUGGUGAUCCAGGAGAGCCCAGAACCUAUAAUGUCCUCCCCUCCCAAAUUUAAACACAGAGCAAAACUACGGUCUGAACUACUUGGGUCUCCUGAAACCACUUCCUGUCUUGUUACUCAUUCUCCUCGGCUGCCUUCUCUGGCACCUGCUAAACCUAAACCCAAAUGUGAGGGUGACAGGCGACCUACCUCCCCCAGUUCUCCCUCCACAACUCCUCAUACACAGACCCCCCAGAGCUGCCUCCCCUCUCUCAGUAGGGGCUCUGCAUCAGUCCAAGAGGAGAAAUAUCCAGAGCAUGUGAUAGAUGAAAGGGACUCGCCUGAGAGCCCACCUCCCAGUGAGACAGGUCUUAUAGUCCCCAAGAGAAGCAGCAGCCCUAAUCCUGUCCAAACAGCAGCAAACAUCAAGGAUGUCCGUCCCCAAGAGGAGCUCAUGGAAAGUGAACCCAGAGAAGAGGAAAGGCCAGGUGGCACUGAGCAGCUGAGUAUUAAGGAGUCUGGAGAUGGAGAGAAUUUCAAUGAGGAGAGCUGUGGUGCUGCUGCAAAGGAUCCUGGGUCUGCUAGUGCUGCAGAGACGGUUUCAUCUCCAUUGCGUCCUCUUAAAGUUAAAAUCAAAAUGCCUAAAGGCAGCAUUACAAGGACUGUGACUGGUGUUGGAGCUAAAAGAAGUGGAAAAGCUACUACCAAGGGUGUAAAUAGUUCAAAACCUUCACCAGAACUUCAUAACACAAGAUCCAGGAGGGAGUUAUCACAGCAAUCUCAGUUGCCUGCAAUGGCAAUGCUCCAAGUGGCCUGUGCUGCAACGCUGGAAGGUGCUAGUAUGCUCAAAGACAAAACCGUAGUGGACACCAAGCCUAAAGUUUCCCCAACAGCUGUAAGCAUCACCAAAACAGCAGCCCUGCCCUCCAUCUCUGUGUCCACUCCCAGAGUCAGCCCGGGUGGGAUCAACCCUCGCAGCUGGGGUCAGAAAACUGUGAACAGUGGGAUGAUGCUUUCUGCCACUUCACCUCUGCUCACGCCUCAAAGUAGCAGCCGACCAGCCUCUAUAGUUAACAGCACUGGGGCAAUCAUAUCCAAGACUCAGACCAAUCUGGUAGAAGCUUUCAACAAGAUCCUCAACAACAAGAACCUGCUGCCCUGUUAUAAACCAGACCUGAGCUCACCUCUCCCUGCAGAGUGGGGCCUUCCUCUACCUGCACAGGGUUACCGCUGUUUGGAGUGCGGGGAUGCCUUUGCCCUCGAGCAGAGCUUGUCGCGGCACUACAACCGGCGCUCGCUGAGGAUUGAGGUGACCUGUAAUCACUGCGCCAAGCGGUUAGCCUUCUACAACAAGUGCAGCCUGCUUUUACACGCCAGAGAGCACAAGGAGAGAGGCCUGAUCAUGCAGUGUUCCCACCUUGUCAUGAAACCUGUACCUGUGGAGCAGAUGAGCCAGCAGGAACCCACGGCAACUGGACUGUCAUCAUCCUUUUUAGCUCAGGCCGCCCCAAACCCAACACCCCAGCCACAUCAAGCAGUAUCCAGGAAGAAGGCAGAGACAGUGCAGUACCUGAGUAAUAAAUGUCCUGAGUGUCAGGUUCAGUUUAGCAGCAAAGAAGAGGUGGCCGAGCAUUUCCAAGAAAUCAAACCUGCACAAACCUCUUCAUGCACAGAGUGUUCCCCACCCAUGCUCCUGCCCAACAGCUGCAGUGCAGCAGCUCAUCAACGCAUCCACCAAGGCUGCCCGCCACACGUCUGCCCAGAGUGCGGGGGCACGGCCAAGCAGCCGCUAUUUCAAGCACACCUAGACGAGACCUGUUUACACUUUGCACGACGCAUUGGAUACAGAUGUUCCAGUUGCCUGGUGGUUUUUGGAGGACUUAACUCAGUGAAGUCUCACAUCCAGCAGGCUCAUUGUGAUAUGUUCCACAAAUGCCCUACCUGCCCCAUGGCUUUCAAAUCUACUCCGAGCAUACAGAACCACAUCAGUGCCCAACACCCAACGCUCACUGAAGGACAGACCAUGUCAAUCUAUAAAUGUGUCAUGUGUGACACAGUUUUUACAAACAAGACCCUGCUGUACAUCCACUUUGACACUCAUUUAACCAACCAGAAGGUGCAUGUGUUUAAAUGCUCGGAGUGCACCAAGUUGUUUUCUCAGAGGAAUUCCCUUCUAGACCAUUUCAAGAGCCAUAAGACGAUAAAACAAGAGUAUCCUUCAGCUCCAGCUGCUGCCUCUCGUUCACAGCCUUCAGUGAAGCUGGAGAGCUCAGAUGGAGAGGAAGAAGAGACAGUGAAGACAGAGCGGAUGAAGACCCCCUCAGUGUGGAAGUGUGCGCCUUGUCACGCACGCUACACAGACCGGGAAGACUACAUUACCCAUAUGGCUGAACAACAUAGCAAGAAACUCAAGAAGUUUCCUUGUAACAAGUGUGAAAGCUCCUUCACCACCACCUCCAGUAUGAGACGUCACAGCAGAGACAAACACAAAGUCAUGAAUCGUAGCUUUCGCUGCCAUGAGAGUAAGAAAACAUUCAGCAGCAGAGCAAUGUUGGAGAGGCAUGUUCAGCUAAGACAGCUGGACCCACCGAGCCAGGACACACUAAUGUCACAGGGAGGCGGAGAUGAGGCGGACAGUUCCUCAGAACCGGACGGUAGUUCUGGGGCUUCCCGGAGACGGAGAGGGGCUGUGAAGAUGGAGCAAGAUGAAGAUUCUACAGAUGGAGUGAGUCCAGUGAAGAAGUUGCGGUCCACCUCUACCGCUCUUGCCACCUACUCCCUUCCUGAGUCCGGGUUCCGCUGUGCGCCCUGCGGCUUCACCACAGAGGACCAGGGAAUGUUCCUGGAUCAUAUCAGCCAGCACCGGCGAGGAGGGACGGAGGGCGGCGGCGGUCAGCAGUGUCUACAAUGUGGCGCCUGUUUCACAUCCAAAUCCUCCCUGUCGCGCCAUCGCUUCAUCACCCACAAAGUCAAAGCUGCAUCCACCAAGAACCAGCAAUCCGUCAGCGUAGCACCUCCCCCUGGUAACAGCAAGAACCAUGAUGAUAAGAGUUCUCUGGACGGUUCUUCACCAGCAUCGCCUUCCUCUCACUCCUCCAUAGCUCAGGGAAAGGGAGAGGAGGGCACACUUGCAUGUAGGGUGUGCAACAAACAAUUUGCUAAGGCAACAGAUCUGACUACGCACUUCAGAACUCACGGCAUGGCUUUUAUCAACGCAAGGAAUGCCGGAAAAACUCCCUAAGAUUCCAAAUGUGUGGGGAAGAGCUGAGGUGAUGACAGAAUAUUUGCAUGUGCCUUUUUUUUUUUUUACCGUCACCUUGUCAUCAAAGUGUGGGUUAGCACACCUAUGCACUAAUUUGACCAAAGAACAGUGGUGGAACGGAGUUUGCGCGUGAAUAGAUUGUGAAACAAUUAAAUGUGAUUUUCACUGGUGGAGAGAUACGAUUAACUCAGGAUCUAAUGCUGCAAUUCUGUGUUCAGUAAUGUUACUAACAAGAUGAGAGCUAGUUCCCAGUCACUGAGUAGUUCCAUCAACACAAUGUGCCUGUAGAGAAUGUGGUCCUACUGUUUUAUUGAAUAUCUAUAGACAGCGAUGGAAUGUCUAUUUUGAUUUUGAUAUUAACCUCCUACUGAAAAUGGUUGGAUGGUAGUUUUCUGUAAGUCCUUCUUUAACAUUUUUUUAAAUAAUCAUUGCAGCGGUUUAUAAUACUAUAACUGAGUUACUUUUUAACGUGGAUAGUUUCUUAUUGCCAGCCAUUGAUUCCCACCUCUAAAUGCAGCCAUUGGCUUCUGUACAUUUUAGUACAGUGAGACUUCCUAAAAGAGGUAACUAUCAGAUUUUCUUUUUGCGUUUUCACGUACAGUGUAAAGUCCCAGUGUAAAGUCAGUCCUUUCUGAGCUGCAAUAGCUGGAUAUUAACACAAAAGACUUUAGAAGACACCCACUUUUAAAACUCUGACUACUGAAACUUAAAGUUUGGAAUAUAUUUUUGCACAGUGGAAUUUGUCCCCCAUCAUGCGUCAGGAGGGAUAAUUACAGUCUAUGCAUAUAGGGGAAUGUCGGUAAAAUGCUCUGUGUCCCUGCAUGUUUGUAUGAAUGUGGACCAAUGACAAUUACAAUCUAAAAACUCAAACAAUGCUUUUGGAAAUUUUCAGCAAUAAUCUGAAGUGUACACAAUUUGCAGUCAAUGGGGUAAAAUGGAAAUGAAUGUAUUAAAUACCUUUUUUUUUUUAAGCGGAAUGUACUGUAUUUACAUUAGAAUACCUGAUUUAUUCCUUUUCUGUAAGCAAGAGAUGGAAGUAAAAUAAUGUAUUUUGGUAAAUGGGAUGCGUUUGUAUUAACCUUGUGUUCUGGAAUUACUGUAAACAAAAGAUCAGUAUGUGAUUGUCUAUUCUUAUGCUUUCCUAAAAUAAAAACACCCUGUAUUGUUAGAGCAUUGUUCUGUAAAAUUUGAAUAAAAUUGUUGAUAUGAAAAGGUUCGGGAGAGGAAGAUUUGGUAGAGAUACCUUAAAGAUUUAGAAUGAAAUGUUUUAGUUAGUGUUAAUAUUUUGUGCUGCUCAUGCCAUGUCUGGUUGAAAUAUCUCCGACCACAGUAUCCAUAGACUUAUCUUAUUACCCAUGAAUCUGCAUCACUGAGUUUUUUUUUUUAAAGAACUAUAGUUUUAAUGUGCUGUAAUCAUUAGUGACCCGGGUGUGCUUGUGUUUAAUUUCUCAGGAGAUUAUCCAAUGCUUUUAUACUAUAAAAAUUAACACACAAUGUUCAAUUUAA